ACACAACACCAAAUUAAAGACCAAACUCCUAAAAACUCCAUAACUAUUAUUAUUAUUAUUAUUAUUAUUAUUAUUAUUAUUAUUAUUAUUAUGUAAAAUUGUGUUCUUAAUAUUAUGAAAUAAAUAGAUGAAUAUUUAAAAGUCAACCAAAUGUUUUGUUAAUAAUCUAAACCUUUCUUCUCCUUCUGUUACGCCUAAACAAAGCUCUGCUCUUUCUUCUAUAACCUCAACAAUGGCAACCUCUGAAGAAAACGACAAACCCAUAUCCUUAUACGACGACACGUCAUCACCGUCUCAACCUCUCCUCUCCAAACCCACUGAAGACCCACCUCCCCGGUUACAGCCAUCUCUUCUCAGCAACUCACCUGAUUCUGACACCUCUCAGUACCUUCAGAUCUCAUACAACUACGGUCCCAGACACUUCAAGGACCUUCCUUUCCUCAUAAUCUUCCUCAUCUUCGUUCUCUCCACUUUCAGUUUCGGAAUCUUCUCAAUCUUUCAUCGGAAUACCAAUUACUCUAAUCUCUCUUCCUUCACUUACAACUCCAAUUCAACUUCUUGUGUGAAAGACUCUGUUUCUGAGAAUUGGGUUUUCUUCAAUUCUUCAUCUUCUUCGCUUGUUUUGAAAGAUUUGAUAUGGACACUUGUAAUUACGUUGAUUUUGAGUGUACCCAUUUGCUUAGCUUUGCUUUUUUCACUCAAACAUUACACCAAACACAUUGUCUACGCCACUCUUCCCUUCUUCAUUGUCAUACCCAUUUUCUUCGACGUUUACUGGUUCGUUGCCUGUACUCUUAGCUCCUCUUGCAGUGUCUCUUUUCCGUUAGUUUACAGAAUUUUAGUUUUGGGUUUUGUGCUUUUGAUCGUUGGGGUCAUUGUGUGGAUCUUUGUGGUUAAUUGGCAUAGAAUAGAGUUGACUGUUAGCAUAAUUGGGGUAGCUUCUGAUGCUCUUUCGAGGAAUUUAGCUUUGUUUGGGGUCUUGCCGUGUAUGACAUUAGGAUUGGUGAUUUACUAUGUUCCUAUUGUAGUUUUCUUGGUGUUUGCAAGGCUGAAUGGGAAAAUUAUACCAAAGGAAUUGAAUGGGGAAUACACUUGUGUGUGGAAGCAAGAUGGUUGGGUUCCUGCUUACUAUGCUUUAGCAAUUCUAACAAUGUUGUGGUCUUUGGCUGCAUUGGUUGAAGCUCAUGUGUUUGUGAUUAGUGGGACUGUUGCACAGUGGUACUUUUGUAAGGAAGAGUCAACUCUCAAACGUACUAUAAGAAGCUCUUUGAGAAAUGCCUUUGGCACCUCCUCUGGUACUAUCUGUCUCUCGGGUUUACUUAUAGUUGUUGUUCGAGUGGUACGAGCCAUUGUUGAUAGUGCAAGUCAAGAGGACGUUCCUGGGUUCGUGAACCUUGUAUUACGUUGCUGCGUUAAUAUGUUCUUGUCUGCUAUCGAUUUUCUUAACAAGUUCACUAUCAACUUCGCUGCAAUCACUGGAGAAGCUUAUUGCUCAUCUGCAAGGAUGACAUACGAGCUUCUUCGACGUAAUCUUCUUUCUGCUGUUUUCGUGGAAACUAUCUCCUCUCGUUUACUAGUUGGAAUUGUCUUCGUGCUCUCAGCAAUAUAUGCAAUUGUGACUUGGGCUAUCUUAAAGGGUGUAAGCGAUCUAGGGAAUGACUCGUACAUUGUGGCUGCACUGGCCUGGCUGCUGCUAAUAUUGGUAUUGGGUUACUUUGUUCAUGUGCUGGAUAACGUGAUUGAAACCGUCUACAUCUGCUAUGCCAUCGAUAGAGACAGAGGAGAAGUGUGUAAACAGGAAGUUCAUGAGGUUUAUGUUCAUCUUCCCAUUAGCAGAAACCACAGACCAUCUCUAAUUAAUGUUUAGAUAAACUAAUCGUUGAUUUGCAAACCCCAUUUGUUGUUUGUUGUCAUGUGUUUGGUUUUUUACUCCUUGUUUAAAGUAAAGUUAUGUUUUUUUGACCAUUUUGCAUAGCCUUUGUUGUAAAGUUUGAAAUUUUGAAGUUAUAAUAAAAAGUAAAUCUUUUGCUCA